CGCACAAUUGAAUCCCGUGGCGGGGAAUCGAGACGUCGACACACUUUUAUUUUUCUAUUCUUUCGCCUCGUUGCCGGACAGUUUGACCGUUUGAUGCCAUUUCAAACCCUGGCCGUGAGAUGGUGGAAGGUCCGGGCUGCACGUUGAACGGGGAGAAGAUCCGCUCUAAAGUCCAGAAGGGACAGAAGUUGAAGGAAACCAGAGGCAGUCUGACCACAUCCGCCAAAAACAAGCCGGUGGGAAACGCCUUCCACGCGCUCGUGGGCAGCCCGUACACCGGAGUGGAGACACUGGGCAAGGAGCUCUUCAUGUACUUCGGUCUGAGGACGUUGAGAGUCCAUUUUGGGAUGAAUGGAUCAAUGCGUAUAAACCCUGCUGAGAGGAAGGACGGGGCCGGCCGCGCCCCGGCGCUGCAAAUACACCUGACUAACGACAUCGUGUGCUUCUUCGACAGCACGGUGGAAAUAAGGUCGACCGAGGACUGUGAGCAAAAGGUGAGGGCCUUGGAGAGUCUGGAUGUGUGCUCCUCCAAGUUCAGCGUCUCCCGCUCCGUGGCGGCCGCGAGGAGCCAGAGCGGCAGGAUGCUGUGCGACGUUCUCCUAGACCAGGCCGUCAUGCCAGGAGUCGGCAACAUCAUUAAAAACGAAGCCCUGUUUGACUCGGGCCUUCAUCCAGCCGUGAAGGUCCAACAGCUGACCGACGAGCAGAUCCGACACGUGGUGAAGAUGACGCGCGACUUCACGCUCCUCUUCUACAAGUGUCGCAAAUCUGGCUCCCCUCUCAACAAACAUUACAAAGUCUACAAGCGUCCCCGGUGCGGCCGGUGCCUUGGCGUCAUCACGGUCUGUCGUCUCGGAGACGGCGGCAGGAUGACUUACUUCUGCGGGAGCUGUCAGCGGGGGGAUCCCAGCGGGGUCCACGUCAGUCAUCUGCCGGUCAGGAACAGUCUGAUUAGCCGGGCCUGCGACGAGAGGACCGACGAUAGCGUGGCGAAGAGGGAGGAAGAGGACUGGGCCUGUGAACUCUGCACGCUCAUCAACCAGCCAGCAGCCAAAGCCUGCGACGCGUGCCUCACUCCGAGACCUGAGGUCCACAAAGAUGACGGCAACACCGAGGUGUCCGACUUCGCCAGUUUGAUUAAAUACCCGUGCAUUGCCUUCAAGAAGCCACAGGAGGAGCUCAAAGUCAACUGGAGGUCUGCGUUCGGGACUUCCACCCUGGUUUUCUCCGACUUGAGCAAGAAUCCAGAGCCUGUAAACUCCCCACCCUCCCCAGCCGGCAGUCAUGUGAAUUCCUUGGCGACAGAGCGAGGUUUAUAUAAAUACAGGGUCUGCCAAGGGACAACAAGCCCCAAUUAUGCCUCUGGUGGCUCGGGGAGGCAAAGUGCCGAGCUCUCCAACGGGGAAUCGCCGGCCUCCUACAGUCAGCCAUCCAAGAAAAUGAGAAUUGAUCACGUCCCCUUUCCCGGUAACAAUGCUCAAAAUGGAGCCCCCAACUCCGGUGUGCGCAAACUAGAAGCGACGAGCCCCCUAGUUUCCUCCGGUCCCGUCGCCCCCCGUUGUGCAUCCCACCGCCGUCCGGCCGCCCUCAGAACGGUCCACAAGGACGGGGACAACAAGGGACGGCAGUUCUACGCCUGCUCGCUUCCCAGAGAAACCAAGUGUAACUUCUUCGAGUGGGCUGACUUGCACUUCCCCCUUUGUCACCAUGGGAAACGCUGUUUAAUGAGGACCGUUCUGAAACUGGGACCCAACAACGGCCGGAAUUUCUACAUUUGCUGCUUUCAAAAGGGUAAACAGUGCGACUUUUUCCAGUGGGUAGAGAAGGGAGCAGGGGUUUCAUGGCUCCCUGGUUGUUAAUGUGUUUUACUCGGAUGUCUAUAUGUUCAUUUAAAUACAUGGAUGUACGAUACAGAAAGGGACCAUAAUUAACGUUGUGAAAUACACAGAUUUGUAGUGAACAUGGUUACGAGUGGCGAAUGUUCAUUAACUGUGUGACCUACCGAUCCAACAAUGUGCAUCAUGUUCAUCUGUCAACGAUGCGUUUCAAAGUCAUCACGAGAACGAUUAAUAAAUAUCCAAAACAGUAGAAGAAAUAAUUUAAAUGCCAUGCGACAUGUUUUUAAAUUACAUUUUUUUUUUUUUUUUUAAUUAAAACAAGUCUAAACAGAUA